CUUUGAAUAGGAUGGGUGUUUUGGACUAGACAUACUGGACUAUGAAAGGCGCUUAACUUUGUGUGUAAGAUUUUUAGUUUAACUAAACCUAAUUCAAGUCGAUCACUUGAAGUUUUCAAAUGGAUUACUUCUAAGAAAGACAGAAGAAAGUCAUCUUCGAUAGUUUCACGACGAUGCCCGUUGAAGUCAUGAUAAAAUCCAACCAACGACAGGGGCCAAGUUUCAACCCAAUGGAACCAAAGUGUAGAAGACUUUCAUCGCUCGUUUCUGAUAUCGGACCAUGUCAAGUGAAGACAAAUCUGUUGGAUAAAACUUUAGCAGCGCGGCUGAGAAAGGAUGAUUUACAAAAAUCGGCACUUGGAUUUGGACUAGUUGACUCCGAACAAAGUUUACUGCAUUUAGCCAGUUUAAAUAAAGAGAGGAAUAGGUUUGUAAGUUUACGAGGGGUGUCGAGGCUGGAUUCACGAGCCAGAGAGGAACGUGCGAAUCUGAUCCGUGAACGCUUAAAUCGUCAGCGUGAUUGGGAACGUUUAACGCAUCCAGAUCUACAUAGCAACGCGCAUCUUCCGGAUAUAGAUACAAAUAGUGUUCGUUCCGAGUCAGUCGUUUCUAAAUUAUCUACAAAAAGUGUGCCGGUAUCGUUUACGUAUGGAGAAUCGGACGAUCAUAUCGGUGUGGUGAAACGCGGAGGGAUAUUUCAACCCAUCGAGUUUUACACCCCGUCCCGAUAUCAACACAGAGUAGCCGAAUCACCAUUUAAAAAACCAAUCAUUGACUACGAAUCCAUUAUUCUGCCCCCACCUGGCUGCAUAAGCACUGAGGAAUCCAAGAGUAAGCGGAAGAAAAGUGGUUUAAAAGUCACGUUUAAACAUUCCAAUCUCUCUGAUGUCGGGUCAUGUGACACGGACAAGCGUGGUGAUGAUACCGUCGGGUAUCAUAGAACAUCUACUAAAAUACCUUUACAAAGACGGACUUAUAAAUCAGAACAAGACAGUAUACCAUCUGUGGGCGUGGCUUGGGAUAUUUCGCCAACUGGUGUCACAAAGUCGACCAGUAAUACUAUCGGACAGAUCAGUCGUGAUUUACAUCCCGUCACUUCCGGUUUGAAUAAAGCUGGGACGUCUGUGAAAAAAACAAAAUGGCGAGUAUCCAGCUGUAAAACAUUUAAUAGACCAUUUAUGCCUUUGGCUCGUUAUCAUUUGAAUAAAAAGAAAAUUUGCUAAUUGGAAGUGCUGUAAUUAAUAAUUAAUGUUUAAAGAUGCGAUAUUGUUAUCGAUUUAUAAAAACCAAACACAUCCAGUCUUUGCAUGGCCUUAAAGAGAACAAGAGGGAAAUUUGGUUUAACGUCCACUAGACAUAAACUAGGUCAUUUCAAGAUUAACAUAUGGUUCAAUUUUAUUUCAAUAAUUCGCAUGCGCGUAGGGAUCGUUAGUGCAGUGGAAGGAAAACGGAGGACCCGGGGGGAAACCCAUGAGGUUGGACAGACGACUCUACUCCGUAUCAUGUACAAGCGGGGAAUCGAAACCACCCAACUUGACUCAAGAUAUACCUUGUGAUUUCACGCUCACGCGUUACACCACUAGAUCAUCUAUCCCCAUGCAUGGAGUUAAAACAUUGUAUACUCUUCAAAAAAAGUAGGGGAUAUUGAAAUGCAAAUACCUAUGCAGGUUGUGAUAUGAUAAAUAGUCAUGGACACUUAACAUGCUUUAAGAGUAUGUUCACAGAUGAAGAACUUAUCGCCCCAACAGUACCACUGAGCUGCAAUAGCGCCACCAUACACGUGGGAGGGGUUCAUUGUCAAAUUUAACACUUCAGGGAAGGGUUGAUAAAAACUGCCGCUUUCUGGUUUAUCCUAUCCAUGUUUGCUUUCCUAUCGGUUCUUUCAUAAGAUUUACUGUUUAGCGUAUCUUUGCUUUAGUGUGUUACGUUUAAUUUGAUCGGGAGACGUGUUCGUCGACGUCAACGUUAACCGACAACACUGCAAGAAUUGGCUGUGGCACUGCAAGAGGAGUGGGUCAGAUUGACCCAAAUCGUGAUUGGAUGGGUGAAUAGGAGCAUGCCACGACGAAUUGCUGAAUGUCUGAGGAUUGGUGGAGCAAUUACUCAUAAGACAAAAAUCAAAAACGCACAUUUUAACUUUUGACAGUGUAUCUCUUUGCGAGUGAAACGGGGCCGUCAGAUAAGCCGCCCAUAUGAACUGUUUAUGUUCAUGUGUAGGCAAUUAGUCUGUUAUUAACAUA